UCUUGGCUCCUUGACAUGAGCACCAUAUAAGGCGCAGCGAUCUCCAUAGAAACGUGUCAGUUUCAAUAGUAGUGUCAAAGUUCACUAUAUACAGACAUUCGCGCAGAUCCCCGUUUCGGAAACAUUGCUCCGCUGGUCCUCUCGUUUAAACGCAUUCAUUUUUGGGUCUCUCCUUCUUGCAUAUUCUAUAAGUUGUCGUUUUUUUCUUUUUAUCUCUACUGGUUCGCUCCAUUCCUGCUGGAGAGGUGAAACUACAUGGGCACUUCGGCGACGCGGUUCUUUGCUGGGCGCGAUGAGGUUUAUUUAAGAAUAUAGAUGUAAAAUUCUGCUCUCCAGUUUUUUCCUCCCCUCCUACAGCGAAGACGGGAGUAAGGAGCAAGGAAGCAAAGAGAGAGGAAUUUAUUUCUCGCUGCACUUUGGAUCGCGUGUCUUUUUGAAAGAUUCUGUUCAUUUCCACGUCCAUGUGAAUCGCUCCAGUCUCCUUUGUGGCUAUUUUAUACCAAACAGCAAUUUGUUACGUCUGCUUCGGUUUUUCUUCAAGAUUGGGGUUCCUGGAUGGCUGACUGCAAUAUACCUUGGAACUGGCCUCCCGAUACUUGCAUAUCCUGAUCGGGUGUCUAUUCUAUCACCUCCGCUAUUUUGAAUGUAUUGAUCGUGUUCUAUUCCCUUUUCAACCUAUGCGAUAGCGUGCUGCGAUUUGACUUUGCACUGCCUUGUUUGAGAUCUUUUUUCCUCUGAACGCAUUAUAAAUAUCAGCGAUCAUUUCGCUUUAUAGCACUUUCCGGGCCCGAGAUAUGGCAAUGGUAGUUAGCGUCUGGCGAGAUCCGCAGGAAGACGUGGCCGGAGGACCUCCAAGCGGCCCCAAUCCAGCAGCUCAGCCGGCGAGGGAGCAACAGCAGGCGGCGUCGGCAGCACCGCACACUCCGCAGACCCCCAGUCAGCCAGGACCCCCGUCAACACCAGGGACUGCUGGCGAGAAGGGGAGUCAGAAUUCUGGACAGAGUCAACAGCAUAUAGAAUGUGUUGUUUGCGGCGACAAAUCGAGCGGCAAGCACUACGGUCAGUUCACCUGCGAGGGAUGCAAAAGUUUCUUCAAGAGGAGUGUCCGGAGGAACUUAACGUAUACAUGUCGUGCCAAUAGGAACUGUCCAAUUGACCAACACCACCGAAAUCAGUGCCAAUACUGUCGGCUGAAGAAAUGUUUAAAAGUGGGAAUGCGGCGGGAAGCGGUUCAGCGAGGACGAAUGCCUCCAACACAACCGAACCCAGGCCAGUACGCGCUGACGAACGGGGACCCUCUGAACGGCCAUUGCUAUCUCUCCGGAUACAUCUCCUUAUUGCUCCGGGCCGAGCCUUACCCGACGUCCCGAUAUGGGAGCCAGUGCAUGCAGCCCAACAACAUCAUGGGCAUAGAGAACAUCUGCGAGCUGGCUGCUCGUUUGCUCUUCAGCGCUGUGGAAUGGGCGAGGAACAUCCCUUUCUUUCCCGAUCUGCAGAUCACCGACCAGGUGUCCCUUCUCAGGCUGACGUGGAGCGAAUUGUUUGUGCUAAAUGCGGCUCAGUGCUCCAUGCCUUUGCAUGUGGCCCCUCUACUCGCUGCGGCAGGCCUCCACGCUUCUCCAAUGUCUGCGGACCGCGUCGUGGCUUUCAUGGAUCACAUUCGAAUCUUCCAGGAGCAAGUUGAGAAGCUCAAGGCCCUCCACGUAGACUCGGCAGAGUACAGUUGCAUCAAGGCAAUAGUACUCUUCACAUCAGACGCUUGUGGCCUGUCAGACGCAGCUCACAUCGAAAGCCUGCAGGAGAAGUCUCAGUGUGCCCUGGAGGAAUACGUAAGGAGCCAGUAUCCCAACCAGCCGAGCCGCUUUGGCAAGCUCUUGCUGCGGCUGCCCUCUCUCCGCACCGUCUCUUCAUCGGUAAUCGAGCAGCUGUUCUUCGUCCGCUUGGUAGGUAAAACUCCUAUUGAAACCCUCAUCAGGGAUAUGCUAUUAUCCGGGAGCAGCUUCAACUGGCCUUACAUGUCCAUCCAAUGAUCCGAAUGAGAGGUUGAAAAGAGAGAACAAGGACCAAAAUUCAGCAUCCCCUACAAGAAGACUAUAUAUAGGACCUUUUUUUUUGAGCAACUUGGAAGACAUAACAUGUUUGUUUUUUCUUUGUCUUCUGGGACUGAGAUGGAAUACGUUAUGUACAGAAAAUAUGGAACUGGACUUUACACCUGUGUAAAUCCACUCUCAUCUUCAAGAACGAUACUCUUCAUUUUGUAAAAUACUAGUCUUUAUUUUCCUUUUUUGUAAGAAAAAUACAAAUAAAACGAUAAACAUCAUAUGCGCAGUAAGAAAAAAAAAGAAUCAAGACUUA